AUGGGGGGGUGGAGUGAUGGGGAGUGGAAGUGGGGGGAUUUGGGUAUUUCGGCCCGAGAUGUGGAGGAGUCGGAUUUGGUUGAUAAGAUGGCGGUUUUGAGGACCCGUUUGGAGAAUUUCAAAGGGUGGCAAGAUGUAAACGACUCGGUUUGGUGGGUUCUUAGUCCGGAAAAGUUGUUUUCGGUAGCUUCGUGCUAUGAAAAUUUUGUUACUUUACGGAUGCCAUUCGGUCCCAUUAAUAGGUAUGAUGAGGCAUUAGAAAUCAUUUGGAAGAUGGAAAUCCCUUUCAAGAUCAAAGCUUUUGCUUGGAGGCUUUUUGUGAAUAGGCUCCCUACAAAAGACCUUUUAUUGUAUAGAGGUAUUAACUUUACUCCUUCUAAUUUAAAUUGUUUUUCUUGCAACACGCAUGUGGAAGACAAGGAUCACUUGUUCUUUAAGUGUGAUGUUAUUAAGGUUGUUUGGAAAGAAAUUGGUGCGUGGGUGGAUUACUCGAAUUGGAAGGAUGAUGUUAGCAUUCCGUUUUUUAUGGAAUGGAAUUCCAAGGACUAA